CAGAAACAUCGCAAAUCAAAGACUAAGCCAAACCAUGACAUUCUCAUCUCUUCUUGCGCCUCCUGUCUUAGAUUCAUUUGUCACUUAGGAAUUUGCGGCAGACGCACUUAAUAAGAGUGUAUUGCCCCUAUCCUCAGACCCUCGAUUCGACAUCACCUGUCAUCUCAAAUAUCAACAAGGAUUGUCGCAGCAAAGACGUCUCUUGCAAACUAAUUGCAAGAGCCGCAUCGGUACCGGAGUCGAGAGUGGGGUCUUGCCUCCCGAGACCAUAACACAAACUUAUCGGACGUCUAUUGUACAACCUCGACACGUCCGCCAGUCCUCAAGAUGGCGUGGUCAAAGUCUACUCGCAUUUCGGUAAUGCUGGCUAUCGAUGGCGCCUUCUUCGUCCUAGAGUUGGGGGUGGGUCUGGUGGUUGGAUCUUUGGCAUUGAUGGCAGAUGCUUUCCAUAUGUUGAAUGAUAUCAUUUCUCUUAUUGUUGGACUAUGGGCUGUGAAGGCUGCGCAACAGUCGUCAACAGAUAAGUACUCGUUCGGGUGGCUUCGUGCUGAAAUCCUUGGCGCCUUCUUCAACGCUGUCUUUCUCAUCGCUCUAUGUCUGUCGAUUGUUCUCGAAGCUAUUACUCGAUUAAUUGACCCUCCUGAGAUCAGCAACCCGAAGCUUAUUCUUAUUGUUGGUUCUUUGGGCUUGGCUUCCAACCUUGCUGGCUUCUUCGUACUUGGAGGACAUGGACACUCUCAUGGACCAGAGGAGCACGAUCAUGACCAUGGAGACGAGGUUAGGGCUGCAGAAGAAGGCCACAGCCACAGCCAUGAAGGACACACACAUGACGAGGAAGAUUAUGGCAACGCUGGUGAAGUCUUUCCAGAGGCAGUUGUAAGCAAAGCCAAGGCGAAGGCUAGCCAGCAUCUUCGAUUUUCUGCAGAUGAUGAGGAUGCCGAAACAGCUCGGGACAGCAACGCCUCUGUUGGCAGAUCUCCUGUCAAGACAUCUUCUCCCUCUAAAGGUCAUCGCCGAAGAGCUAGCAGCGGGCGGGCCAGUCGCUAUAGCAAAAUCGACGAUUUCAGCAUUCACCCCGCCAGCUUUAGACAAGACAUCAUUGCCGCAAGUAGACCUCAGCUGGAUGGCCUCGACAGCACAAGCUCUUCUUCAGAUGAAGAAGCUGUCGAACAUGGAGAUGCAACAGAAAAUUCGCCUUUGCUCAGUCGUUCCAACGGUCACUCUCACGGAUCCCUUGAUAACCACAAACAUGGCCACGAUGACGAUCACUCUCGCACUCCUAAGCCAAGACAUGAUUCAUGGCAUGCGAGUCACAACCACAACAAACCAAAGAAAGCUAAGAAAGGUGGACACGGCCACAAUCACGCUGAUAUGGGCAUGAACGCCAUGAUCCUCCAUGUCAUUGGUGACGCUCUUGGAAAUGUCGGUGUCAUUGUCUCCGCGUUGGUUAUCUGGCUUACGACAUGGUCUGGACGUUUCUAUGCCGAUCCUGCCGUCUCUCUUUUCAUCACCCUCAUCAUUCUAAAGUCUACCAUUCCCUUGACAUCGGCUACCGCCAAAAUCCUUUUGCAAGCUACACCGGACCACAUCGAAGUCAAUGACAUCAAGGAGGAUAUUCAAGACAUUCCUGGAGUUGUCAGCUGCCACCAUGUUCACAUCUGGCAAUUGAGCGAUACCCAAAUUGUGGCAUCUAUGCACAUUCAAGUCGAAUUCCCAAUCAGCGAAGCUGGAGGCGAAAAGUACAUGGAACUAGCCAAGGCUGUUCGAAGAUGUCUUCAUGCAUAUGGAAUUCACAGUGCUACCAUUCAACCUGAGUUCUGUCUUGACAAGGACCACGACCACAAUCUCGAAAGACCAGGCACGGUUGGACUCGACGGCAUAGUCGGUCAAGCACGAUGUGGUCUCGAUUCGGACGAUACAUGCCUCCUAGAGUGUGUAGACGACUGCAAAGGAAAAGGUUGCUGCAGUCCGAAGACUGUAGAACCACAACACGAUCACUCAGAUCACGAUGGACACACUCAUUAGAUUUCUUUUAUUAGUUACACGGGCUUUGAUUGGGGACACAGCAUUUUCAUAAGCCAUUAGCAAAAAUAGCUAUUUUUAUUGGGUCUUGGCGUCGCUCUAUUUCUUUCCUGUCCAUAUUUUGGGGAGCGUGGUCGCUGUCAAUUCGUUGGGAUGGCUAAAAGCAGACGCUGUGCUGCGGCCUGGG